AUGGAAGUGGCACAUGGAGAAGCUGCAACAACAACAGCGGCGGUGGCAGCAGUCAGCAACACACACACACAAAAAAAGACAGGGCGGAGCGAACCCAAUACAGUCGAUACCAAAACACCUACUUUAUAUAUACCUGAUACGACUGUGGAAUCUGACGGGGAUUUGUCUAUAACCACCCUUAAUCUCACUUUAACAUCGCCAGGCGAUACGACUGUGGAUUCUUCUGAGAUUACUAAUACAAGUUCGAGGCAAGUUCAGUUAACUUUUAACUUGACGGAAGAUACUACUAAGUUGGCUCUAAUAGAUGAACCAAACAGUAUCACAAUCUCUGCCAGAAUUUUUGAAAUAAUAGCAACAGACGGACCAAUCAUAGUCAACGUAAAUCUAACUGUAGUUGAGGAAUCCACUCUUUUUAAGACAUC